AAGAAGCAAGACUGGCAGCAGCGGGCUCGGAGGUACAAGCAGCAGCAGCAGCUGCUGCAGCAUCUAGCUGAAAAAGCAAGAGCAGCAAACCCUCACGAGUUUAGCUGCGACUUCUUUAGGGUUCGCCAGGAGGGGGGCCCCCUGGGGGCCCCCCGCAGCAAAGAAAGGGGAGUUUUGCUGCUGGCCGAGAGGGAUGCUGCUGCUGCUGUUGCUGCUGCUGCUGCAAAGUCCCCCGCUGCAGCAGCAGCAGCAGCAGCAGACGCCCUCCGCGCCGCAGCCCGCAGCAGCUUCGUCUCCCAGCGCAGCCACAGGAAGCAGCAGCAGACCAAGAAGCAGCUGCUGCUGCUGCAGCAGCGGGCCACCACAACUGCUGCUGCGCUGCUGCAGCUCAAGCAGCAAACCCUGCAAAAGAGACUCAAAGGAGCAGCAGCAAAUCUGUCUCGGGGUUUUGCUGCUGGAGUUAAGAGGCAGCAUUGUCUCUUUGAGUCAGACACAGAAGCAGCAGACUCCGACGAAGAAUCCGAGCAGCAGCAGCAGCAGCAGCAGGAGCAAGCAGCAGCAGCAGCAGCAGCAGCAGCAGAUACGUCGGACGAGAGUGAGAGCGAGUCCGAGUGCCGCUGGAUGCAGCUGGCUAAGAAGCCAAAGGGAAAACCAGCAGCAGCAGCAGCAGCAGCAGCAGCAGCAGCAGGGAGCAGCGGCUCGGCCAGCGAGGCGGAGAGCGAAGCAGCAGAAGAAGGAAGCAGCAGCAGCAGCAAAACGUUCCAGAGUAUGCACAAGACGCUGCUGCAUGCGAAGCGGCUGCAGCAGCUGCAGCAGCAGCUGCAGCAGCAAAGCGACAGCCAAAAGAAAGGCCGCAGGAAGCAGCUGCUGCUGCAGCAGCCCGAUGGAAAGAAAAUUAAAGUUACAAGAUGGUUUGCAGAAAGAAAAAGAUAA